AUACACACACAAGAAAGGAGAGAGAGAAUGGGAGUGUUCACGUUUGUGUGCAGGGGUUCUGGAGACGACUGGAAUGCGAAGCAGGUGAAGGGUGACCUUGAGGCCUCGGCGGGGUCUACCUUCGAGUUGCAGAGGAAGCUCGUUCAGGCUGCCCUUUCUUGUGACUCCUCUGGUGGGGUUCAAUCGUCUUUCUCAUUUGUCACCCCUUCCUCCGCUGUUUUCCAGGUCUCUAUCUCUAAUCAAAUUCCAGCAAUGAUUUAUUAUUUUAUGGAUUUAAUUAGUUUGGUCUACUAA